AUUUAUUUCCGGACGGAAUACACACACGCAGACGCAGACGCAGACGCACGUACACGCACACAGACGCGCGCACACACACACACGCACACAUACACACACUCUCACACAACUACAGACACAGGCCUGUCUGCAUGUAUAUUUGUAUGUGUGUAGAAGUUUUAAACAAAAAGUUUUAGACAAACUUUUCCGUUAUUGUGGAAGCGCCGAAGUUUUGAUCAAUUAAUAAUAAGUAGGACGUAGUUUAGAAAUAUAACUAUAUUUUGUCGCUUGCUUUCAAUGACACACAUAUACAAACUGAUAGAUAUACAUACAUAAAUACACACAUACAUACAUAAAUACAUACAUACAUACGUACAUACAUACAUAUAGAUAAUACAUGUGUGUCUAUAAAUAGCGUAUAAUAUGUGAAAAGCUCAGUCAGAAAUUGUGUGGGGAGCGCGUUUGUAGUACAACACAGAAGAGAAGGCUCCUGAAUUUUGAUUUUACUUCGCAGUAGUUUUAAUAAUUUCUCUCUCAAUAUGAUAUUUCUAUUAAUCUUAGUCGCUUUGUUGGUCGGUCUCUUGACCGUCAUAUACUUCGUUCUGUUAGAUAACACAAAGUCUCUGCAAUACAAAUCGGAGGUUAGACUGGACGGCAAAACAGUUCUGAUAACUGGUGCCACAUCGGGAGUUGGUAAAUCCACUGCCUUUGAACUCGCUACUUAUGGGGCACGGAUUAUUCUGGCCUGUCGCAACCGGCAGAAAGCUGAGGCGACCUGCCAGGAGAUCAAGCAAGAAACGGGAAACGAUAACAUCACAGUCCUGGAUUUAGAUUUAUCUGAUUUGGAUUCUGUUAAGUCGGCUGCCGAGGAAGUGAAGAAAACGGAGAGCAGGCUUGAUAUUCUCAUCAAUAAUGCAGCGAUUGGAGUAACUGAUAAUGAAAGGUCCAAACAAGGUUUCGACUUGACUUUCGCUACAAACUACCUCGGCCAUUUUCUGUUGACUCAUCUAUUGCUCGAUCUUAUUAAAAAAUCUGCACCUAGUCGCAUUAUAAAUGUUAGUUCAAAAGUGCACGAGUUUGCUCCCUCACCGCUUGAUUUCACCCUUCACCGAGAAGGCUCAGAUAUAAAAUACAGCAAACUUGAAGGCUAUGCUGUGAGUAAAUUAGCUAAUAUUUACCAUAGUAAAUUCCUCUGUGAUGAACUUACUGGGACGAAAGUCACCAUUAACUCCAUGCACCCGGGUUUUGUACAAACGAACAUUAUGAAUAGGAAUGUGAACGAUAUGUGUAAACGUUUGGUCAACAUCAUAUGCGCCUACACAUCUGCUUGGUUUGGUCGUUCACCAGAAGAUGCAGCAAAAACUUUGGUUUAUAUGGCUGUCGAACCCGAAUUGUCCGAAGUAACUGGAGAGUAUUUCGAAAACGUUAGCAUACAAACAAAAAGUUUGUCUAGGUCAGCUCAUAACAAAGAGCAAGCGAGAAAGAUGCGGGAAAUUAGUUUCCUAGCUUGUAAAGACUAUUUGGAUUUACCUGAAGAUAUAGUCAAGAUAGAAGAAGUAGGAGCUUUGCAGGAAGACAAUAUAAAAAAGGAAGAAGAAGGUACUCAAGAGGGAUUUUCUGAAGCGAAAACUGAAACGAAAACAGAUACAGAAAAUAGUUGUUCGCAUACACCUACAGCUCCAUGUGAAUCAACAUUACCAACAAAAGCAGUAGAAGAAGAAGCACCAGCAGCAGCAGCAGCAGCAGCAGCAGCAGCAGCCACAGCGGUUGCAGCAACAACAGCAGCAGCAGCAGUGACGGAAGUUGACGCAGCAUCAGCAGAAGUAGCAGAAACAAUUAAAGCCGCAACAGCUGAAUCAACGAACGUGUCAGCACCUGAAAUACGUACCAUUUCUGAGUUAGAUUUACCCACUCCACCUUGUUCUUUCACACCUUCACUCGACGCCAUCAAUAAUAAAAACUUAGUGGAGAUUGAAGACCUUUCGUCUAACGUUUGUUCUUCAACGAAUGAGAACAAAGAAACAGUACCGGAAGCGAUUUACAAGCCACUGAUUCUUCCAGAAAUUACUGAGUCAAACGAACACUACCCACCAGCUGAUGUCGAUCCUAACUUGAAUUGUGAUCCAACAAACGCUUGUUCGGAUCGUACGAGCAGCAGUCGCGAGGACUCUCCUUUAAUUACGCUCGAUGAUGCUGAAAACUCGGAUAACCUUCACGAGGAAGAGACGUUUUAAGUAAAAAAAAAACCUCAGUUGAUUGUAAUUAGAUAACUUUUAUAGAAACACUGGCCUCUCCACUCAAUGCAACAUGUUCCUUACACAACAUAUACAUACACGCACACACUUAUAUUUAUACAUGUAAAUAUGCACACACUCACGCACACGUACACACACAAACGUAUGUAUAUAUGUAUGUUUCAAAAGGUGCACUGGAAGGCGUGACAUGUUACCAAAUGUUUUGGGUAAGUUACCAAGUUCCACACUAACCCUUAUUAUUCCAGUUAAGCUUGUGUGCGAGAUCAGCGCAAAUAUAUAUCUAUACAAAAAACAAACAAAUAGCAUGACCUCUAUGUUAUGCUUUACGUAACGCACAAGUGUCCAGUAAGCCCACAACCGUUAUAACACAAUGCAGUUGACUUCAUCAGCAUUAAGCUUUCAGUGUUCGUUUUAUAUGUAUAUAUAUAUAUAUAUAUAUAUAUAUAUAUAUAUAUACACACAUAUAGAUGCAUGCAUACAUACAUACAUACAUAUAAAUAAUAUACUCACAAGCAUACUCAUACACACAUACAUACAUACAUACAUACAUACAUUGGUAUCUGUUAUCAUUAGAGGCAGUGCAUUGGCAGACCCUUAUAUCAUUGGAUAAAAUGACUUGCGAUUUUUCUUUGGGUUUUCAAAUUUCUGCGUUCAAUUACCGUCGAGAUUAACUUUAUCUCUCAUCCGCCUGAAGUCCAUAAAAUAAGUACCAGUUACAGACUAGGGUUGAUGUAAUCGACUAAUCCCGCCCCCACCAGGCUUUGUGCCUUUAGUAGAAAGGAUUAUUAUUAUUAUUAUUAUUAUCACUAUUAUUAUCAUUAUUAUUAUUAUUAUUGUUCUGUUCUAAUGUUUUGCAGCAUCAGUCUGUAGUUAGUAGUUUUAUUAUAUCCACGAAAAAUAAAUUCCUUUUCCACACAUAAAAAUAAGGUUUUUUCUUUCCACUCUAAACUAUUUUCUGUCACUAUUUUAUCAUAUUACUGAUUUAAACGCAAGUCUCCUUGAUUCCAUCGUCUUUUGCAAUAAAUUUUUGAAAGAUGAAUUUCAUUUUCAGAUAGAAUAAAGCAAUAGUUUUUGGAAUGAAAAAUGGAAUAAAGAUUUCUUCCAUAUGAAUGAAGCUUCCUAUUGAUUGGGGGGGAAAAAAAACGAGAAAUGGUAAAUAUUUAUGAUCGUAUUUAGAAUAAUAGAGAAAUAUGAAAAGUAUCCGGUUGCUAAUCUCAAUCGAUAUUGCAUCCAAACUUUUACUCUGGUCUGCUGAGUGACAGAACUGCUUUCCCUACUCAAAUCCUGCUAUCCGUCGAUUUUUACAUUUAUCCCACUAGAUUGGAUAAAAUAUGUGACAAUUUUUUAUUAUAUUUUUAUUACAUAUUUUUUUUUGCGCAUGUUAAAAAUUCAUAUUGUGUUAGCACAAGAAUAACACUUUUAAAUUUUGAGAUUCCCUGUUCACAAAAUUGUUGUGGUAUCGUACUUCGUAAGGAAGAUUUUACAUAUUGUAUCCUGUUAGCAAUAAAAUCAUCUGUUCAUGACCAAUAA